AUGUUGUAUAUUCACAUAUAUCAUACGCUUUAAUAAACUUGAGCUGCAGAAAAUUAUAAAGGCAAGACUGUCAAAGAUCAAAUGUUGUCCAUUUACUACGCAAUUUUGACUGUCCCUUUUAAAAAUACACAUCAAUGAAAAGAAGGAUUUUCUCUCUUUCUUUAUUUUCUUAUGCCAAUUUCUAGAAGAAGGCCACUAUUAAGAACCUGUGAUAUUGCCAAUAGUCGUACAGAUUUUUUUGACUAUAUUGGCAUGGUUGUCGCUAUCCAUGAGUUUACUCCAAACAAAAUUAUCAUCACCUUGACUGAUUUCACAGAGAAUCCACAACCUUAUGAAAACACGUAUUUAUCAGUUGACUAUAAAUUGGUAAUUCAAGCGACAGUCUGGGACAGAAAUACAAUACCAGCUCGUACUUUGUCUAUAGGCGAUUUCGUUUUACUGGAGGACGUGAUGAGAAAGAAUGUAAAUGGAGUCCUCGCAUUCACUUUACAUGGCAAAAGCAUUGACCGUCUCUUUGUUCAUAAACUUGCAAGAUCCGACACACGAUUGAGAGAUCUAUUGGAAAGAAAACAAGCGUAUGAAGAAAAAAGUCUCAUUGAGACAGCAAGAGAAGAAUAACCUGUUUAUCAGCCAACUAUCAUUGACUCUGUUAAAAUAAAUAAAGUCCCAUAUAUGAUUAUAACCUUUAGAUAUUUUUAAUUUUCUAAACAGAAUAAAUACAUGCAAAUAUGACAACAACAGAGACUACCCAUAUGCAGCCUUUCUUUUUAUCUUCUACCAGAGUUUCUGGCUUCCUUUUCAAGAUUUUCUCUAAAGGCUUUUAUGAAUUCUCCUCCUGUCUUAGCACCCUUUUCAGUGAUUGUAGAAACAUGCUGAUGUGUUUUAGCAGCCAUACGGUUGAAUAAAGGACUUGCUAAAAGGCGUUCAGUAAUAAAACUAGAAAACCAAAAGUUGACGAUUUUUUGAAACAUGGUUAAAGAUUUAAAGAAAAAAAAAGUGUGGAAAUAUUCCAGGGC